AUGUUUAGAGUCGAAAAUAUAAUCGAUACUAGAUAUCUAGCUUUAAUAAUAACGUGCUCAUUCGAUUUUCUAUUUCUUUUUCUUGUCACUUUUAUUUACGAUUUUAUUACUUAGAAAACUUUAUGGGUGAACCUGGGGAUGCAUCUCAUACUUUUAGGUAUAAUAUGUAGCCAUUUUAAUAGGACUAUUUAUUUACAUCAGAUAGCAUUUUCGAAAAAAAUAAGAACAUAAAACGCUAGUGAUGGAUAUUACUUUUAUAGUUUUCUUUAUAGCUAAGUGUUUCUACGAAGCUUUUAACUCUCAUUAAACAAACAAUUAUUUUGGGUAUUUAUACAUAUCCAUUCUCUUCCAUUUAUUUUAAGGUACUUUGAGAUCUCCCCUUUGUAAAAUUGCGUUGCCUUUUUUAUAUUGUGGAUUUUUAAUUCAAUAGUUGAUAAUGCCCUAAAAAUUAGAGAACAAUCGAGAUUCAUUAUUGUUUCAGUUAUUUUUUUUGGGAAUAGCUUUGAUGAAUGAUUUUGCUAUUCAAAUAUCAGAACAUAAGCUUAAUUAAAAUUAUAAAACCUAAUAUGAAGAGAAAAUUCAACAAUUAGAACUCUUGAGUGACAUUAUUUAUAAAUUAAAUUUAGGAAUUCUUGCAUACGAUUAAGAUAAAAAACUAAUUUAUCGGGGUUAAUAUAUGGAUUUUAUACAAGGUAUGAUAGAACCUAAUCAAAUAAUUGAAAACAAUAUAGACAUCCCAAAUCGCUCCGAACUCUAAAAUUCUUAGAGCAUGAGAUUAAUUUAUCAUAAUCGAAAUUAAAGUUCAAAUGUUGAAUUCUUAGAUGACAUAAAAGUGUCUGAAUAUAUCAUAAAUGAAACAGUUAAUAAAUAGACUGUUACAAUAAGAUAGAUACUAGAUAAUGGUAAUCAACAAUAAGAAUACGAGUCGAUUUAUUAUAAAGUCAAAUUGUUUGGGUAAAACCUAGAAAAGUACAAGUAUCAUUUGAAGUUUACAUAGAUAACCCAUAACAAAUAGCCAUUAUUUUUGUUUACCUUCUAAGUAUUAAUCAUAAUUAUUUUAGUUAAUUAAUGACAUUUCUAUAUAUAGCGCAUUUAAAAAAGACUACAAAUUUAGGAACAGUCUUAUUAGUUCACUCAGUCAUAAAUUGAAAACGCCUUUAAAUGCAGUGAUUACUUAUUUGGAAAAUUGUCUUGGCAACUAAUCUCUUCCAAAAGAACUGAUCGAAACUUUCAUCAAACCUUGUUAUUGGAAUUCGAAAAUUCUGUUGUAUCUUAUUUAAGAUAUCCUUGAAUAUGUGUCAAUCUACUCUUAACAAAAACCAAUUUUGACAAUUAAAAAUAUAGACAUCCACAAAUUGCUUUUCGAAAUCAAAGACUUAAUUAUGACAUAAUGUAGUCAAAAGGGUAUUCAAUUUACAAUCAAAUAUAACAAUUAAGAUAUCAAUUAAAUUCAAGCUGAAAAAAAAGAGAUGUAAGAUUUUAAUUAUUUGUUUAGUUGUUGCUACAUUCAAUCAGAUCUCAAUAAGCUAAUGAGAAUCUUAGUCAAUCUUUUGAAUAACGCUUAUCGAUACACUCCUUAAGGGGGAUAAAUCGAAUUAACAGUCAAGGAAAUAAAAACAGCAAGUUCUCGUAUGAUUAAAUUUGUCGUAUAAGAUAGUGGAAUAGGAUUAAGUAAAUAGGCCCAAGAUGAAAUUAAUAAGCAAAUGCAAAUUCAUCAAUAGCUAACUCAAAGUUCCAGAAAGGUUAUAAUUUAAUUUAUUGUAGUAAAGCAUUCUGUAAACUCAAUCUCUUGAUCGGGGAAUUAGUUAUUCAUCAAUGAACUUAAAAAAUGAAGUGCUUGGUAUUAGUUUAAAAAUAACAACAAAAUUACUCAAUUAAUUAAAUGGGGCUUGUCCACUUAUAAUCGAGAGUAGUCCUGGAUAAGGAUGCAAGUUUGAGUUUUCAAUUUGUGAUUUAGAUUUACCUAGUGCAUUAUAGCAGUAAUCUGCUUCAAGACAUAGGAAAAAUGAGUCAAUGAAAUCGGGUAAUCAAAUUUAAGAGUUCUUUACUAUUUAAUCAGAUCCUAUUAGUAACGAGCAGGUAGUUAUUUAGUAAAUCAGAAAAAUAGAUAGAAUUAAUCCAAGUAAGGAAAAGACUGUCAACACUAUAUCUCGAUCAUUUUCCAGACAAAAAUCUAAAAGUCACAAAUCAAUACCAUCGCUUUGUUUGGUAUAAAAAAGAAGCACUUAAAAUUUAUUAGCAGAAACAGGAAAUAUAGUAAUAGUAGAUGAUGAACCAUUCAACCAUAUCACUUUGGAAAUGAUUUUAAAUAACCUCGGAUAUCAUAAAAUUAUACAUUGUUACAACGGGUAAGAAGCAGUAAAUUUAGUAUCUUAAUAAAAAUGCAUAAGAACUAUAUUAAUGGAUAUAGAUAUGCCAGUCAUGAAUGGCAUAUAGGCAUCAUAAAUUAUAACAGAUUUAAUAGAUCAAGAGAAAAUAAUGCCAUUUUAGAUUAUUGCUUGUACGGCUCACGAAGAUGAAGACACUAAAUAACUCUGUUAGGAUGCCGGAAUAGAUUAAAUUGUUUUCAAGCCUAUUUUUCCUUAGGUUCUGAAAGAUGCUUUAUAAAUCAAGCAUUGA